AGCGUUCCUUUUCCUCUUCCGAAUCACAAGGUGCGAAGAAAAAUCGAGAAAAUCUUGGAAGAAGAUGAGAAGAAGGAAGAAGGUCGUGGCUUGAGCCUUCUUCCAUUCCUCCUCUCUUCGUCUUCUUGUUCCUUCGCUUUCGAUCGAAGAUUAGGAGGGGAUAGACGCCGAGAAAGGGAGCUCUUUUUGGUUCGUUUCGGGAGGAGAAAUGGCGAGGCUAUCGAUCGGAAUCCUCGGGCUGACGGAGCUCUUCGUCAGCGUGACGGUGCACCUACUCUUCGGCCUCUACAUCUUCAGCGCCGCGCUGGCGUCCGACCUGUCGCAGGCCGUCACCGACUGCCUGCGGCCUAAUGUCUUCAACCUCGGCGCCUGGCAGAGGGAGGCGGAGGGAAGGGGCCAGCCGCCGGUGGUGUUCGAGGGUUCCCCGCCGCCUAUCGUGUUGGUGCACGGUAUCUUCGGAUUCGGAAAAGGGAGACUUGGCGGUUUGUCCUACUUCGCCGGGGCGGAGAAGAAGGAUGAGCGUGUUCUGGUCCCUGAUCUGGGAUCCCUAACCAGCAUCCAUGACAGGGCAAGGGAACUGUUCUAUUACCUGAAGGGAGGGCAGGUGGACUACGGCGAGGAGCAUAGCAGGAUCUCUCGACAUUCACAAUUUGGGAAGAUUUAUGAACAAGGGCACUAUCCUUCGUGGGACGAACGCCAUCCUCUCCAUUUUGUUGGGCAUUCAGCAGGUGUUCAGGUUGUUAGGGUAUUGCAGCAGAUGCUCGCCGAUAAGGCAUUCAGUGGCUAUGACACUUCAGAGGACUGGGUUCUGAGCCUUACUUCUCUGUCCGGCGCGCUCAAUGGAACCACUAGAGCCUACUUUGAUGGCAUGCGACCGGAGGAUGGUAGGUUCAUGAAACCUAUAUCACUGCUUCAAUUUUGCCGGCUGGGAGUUAUCAUCUAUGAUUGGUUGGACAUUUCAUGGCUCAAGCACUACUACAACUUUGGAUUUGAUCAUUUUCAGAUGGGAUGGAGGAAUACCGGCCUCUCAGGUCUGGUUGAUCUGCUCUUAGGAAACACCGGGCCUUUCGCUUCAGGGGAUUGGAUCCUACCUGACCUAACAAUUCAAGGCUCAAUCCGGCUUAAUUCGGAACUUCAAACCUUCCCCAACACAUUCUACUUUAGCUACGCAACUAAGAGAACGAGAAAGGUAUUUGGGUUCACAAUUCCCUCCAGUAUCUUGGGUAUCCACCCGUUGCUGUUUCUUCGAGUCUUGCAGAUGUGCCAGUGGCGAUUCCCUCGCAAUGCUCCACCACCUUACAAAGGAUACCGGGAUGAAGAUUGGGAAGACAAUGAUGGGGCUCUGAAUACAAUAUCCAUGACACAUCCUAGGCUGCCUAUGGAACACCCGAACAAAUUUGUUGCAGAUGACUCAAAAUGCCAUCCUCUACAACCAGGAAUAUGGUACUACAGGAUCCUUGAAGCCGAUCACAUCUUCUUCAUUGUGAAUCGAGAGCGAGCAGGAAUACAAUUUGAUCUUUUGUAUGAUAGCAUAUUUCAAAGAUGCAGAAAGCACAUAAUUCGAAACAACAUGCCGCCUAUCUUGCCCAAGCAAAGUGGCUAAAGAUUGAAAUACUACUCAAGUAGGUGAUUAGAAGCUGUGAAUUUUUGUUCAAGACUAUAAAGUAGGCGAUUAGAAGCUGUGAAUUUUUGUUCAAGACUUGAACUUGAGCCACCACAAACUAAUGAGUUUUGCACUCGAUAACAAACUACGCCUCACGAGUUUUCUUCUUAUUUCCAAGCAAGAAAAAUUUAGGUGUC